GUCCAAAGGCCAGAUGCGGCGACGGCUCUAGUCGCACGUGUGCGAGAGAGACGAUCGAGAUAUUCGGCGUGCGGUACUCCUCUUAGCAGACGCGAAACGCGCGUCACGCACAUACAUAUAUACAUAUAUAUGCGACAGUGACCAGCCUGACUACUGGUCAUCCCUCGGUGGUGAUUCCGUGCAGGAUUUUCGCGAAGAGAUCGAAAGCAAAUUCACGCGAUCGCGCUUGUGCAUAUCCGGAGGGAAAUUAAGUUGACAUCACCACGAGGCACCUGUCCUGCUCCAAAGGGAGAGAAAGGACGGCGAGCUCCGAUUCGAUUCUAUUUUCAAGAGAACACGUUCCCUGAGAUAUACACGCUUCAGAACGAUCUCUCCCUUCUAAAUAUCGAGGAGAGAGAGAGGGCAAGAAUCUCAAGUUAGAUAGUCACGCACGGAGCACCCGAGCGAGAAAUCAACUCGUUUUUCGAGGGUGACCCUUUCAGUGGGUUUCUUGUGGAAUCCGUGAAUUAAUACAAGGGAGAUCACCAGCCGGCCCCCGCCAAGGAGUGGUGAUCGUUGACGAAGAACGGCUCCCGGGUAAUACCGAUGAGGAUUCAAGAGGCAUCAUCAAUUUUUGACAGCCAUUUGGAAGACAGCUCGCUAUCAGGGUGGCUUCGCGAGGGAUCGACGUCUCGUAGCAUGUCGUCGGCUAUUCGUAUCAACGUGGAGGAGGCUUCCAACGGCGGCGAGGAUUUCGUUAGAGACAUCGAGACGACGGCAGUGGCAACAACAACGGCGGUAGCUGCCGACAACCCGCUUUCCUGGCAUAUCCCAAGGCCGUCCUUGGUCGGACGUAGCGAGAGGGACAGCGAAAAUGGAAGCUGGGCUCAUCACUUGCAUCCGAACUCCCCCUCGAGAGGGUCGACGUCGUCUCAAGGAUCCACCGCCAGUACACACAGCGCCGCGUCGGGAACGUUACUACUCACAGCCGCGAAUCUGGCGAAUCUCGCCGCCAUACAUCCGCCCACGGUGACGGCACCGAAGCAGAUGGACACCGCCUCGGUGGCAAGCAGCACUCACUUCACGGUCGUGAACGGUCUCGGCAGACCGACCACCGUCUACAGGAAGUCCUGGUGCGCGCGAAAUCAGCUCACCGUUCUCGUGUGCACCAUGAGUCUUCUAUUCAUGGUCGGUCUGCUCGCCGGGAUCCUUUACAUGGAAAUGAGGGCUCGUGACAAGUACAAUUAGGCCGAGGAUGAAGAACGUGAAGAAGAAGAAGUGGCGAUGAUAUAUCGACUGUGAAUGAUGAUUAUCAUAAAGAUAACGAAGUCGGAAAGAUCGUUUCCAUGGAGAGCAAGAGGAAGAGAGAAAACGCACGAUCCAGAGUCACGAAUACUAAUUCGAUUUACUUAUAUUUAUAUGUAUACGUAUAUCUGCGUUUGUCAGUAGACAUUCUCGGCUACGGUUAGAGUUUUAAGCGUAUAACUGUAUUGCACCGCGAUAAAAGUGUGGUACGUGAAAACCAGUAAUUACAUUUGUGUAAUGAGCGACGUACUGUUAAGGGAUUGACGAUCCUUGCGAUGGGAUAGCGUAUUUGUAGCGUAUUUAUGCUGGAUUUUAACUGGAUUCUUCGGAUCGCGUACUGCGAGACACGAUUCGACGAAUAAUAUUUUAUAUUAAUUAAUUUCUUACCGCGUAGCGCGUGUCAUGUAGAGCACAAACAACUUUCUCUAAAAUUUCUUCACUGUUUUACGUGUGGUUAUGACACCUCUCUGCACGCCGCAUAUUUUUUCGCGUAGAAAGAUACAUGUGGUAAAGGGUUACGGACGAUAGUGACACAUAGAAUCCGCGACUGCUCCAAGUAAAAUGUACUUUUCGCAUAGCGGUGCGUCUUCUACUUGGUUCUCAACCGAUUUAUCGAUUAUUAUAAAUCGCAUCGUUAUUAUCGAGAAUCAAUGAAGAGGGAAAGGUACGAUAACAUAUCACUGCAGUGUCACUAAUCCUAGUCGUCCAACGAAAUUUCGAAUCUGAUAGUAUUUUGAAUAACAAAUACCGACGGACAGUUCAAAAGCAAUCGACGAGAUGGGACCAAGAUAGCAAAUAUCUAUUUAGGGCCUGUAACUUAAUUUUUACCAACAAGCUACCUUAAUCAUUCCUGGAUUUUCCGUCGGAUUGUUAUGCCGGGGGCAAAUGUAAACGGAAAAGCAAUGAGGAGCGGUCGCGUCGAUCGCUUUUCGCGUCUGUGAUAUUACAUGCGUAUUAAUUAAUCGUCGAUUCAACAAGAAACUGUCAAAUAUACUGAACUAUACUGAA